AUGCCUAUUAAUCAGCCCUCGAAUCAGAUCAAGUUCACAAACGUAUCUAUCGUGAAGUUAAAAAAAGGCAAAAAGCGCUUCGAACUAGCAUGCUAUAAAAACAAACUCCUAGAAUACCGCUCCGGCGUCGAGAAAGAUAUCGACAAUGUCCUUCAAAUCCAUACCGUCUUCCUCUCCGUGCAAAAAGCCCAAACCGCUCCAUCAGCAGAUCUAGCCAAAUCGUUCGGUGCCGGUGUUUCACAAGAUGAGAUCAUUCAGGAGAUUCUGCGCAAGGGAGAAGUGCAAGUCGGAGAGCGCGAGCGCAAGGAUAUACUUGAGAGAAUCCAGAAGGAAGUUGUGGAUAUUGUGUCUGGACGGCUUGUCGAUCCUACCACGAAGCGAGUAUAUACCCCGACGAUGAUUGAGAAGGCGCUGGAUCAGUUAAGUGCGACGAGUGGACAGCAGCAGCAACAAAACGGCGAGGAAACACCGGAACAUGGUGCGACACCUGGAGAACCUCGGAAGCCAUUGUGGAAGGGCGUGUCGACAACCAAGUCAGCAAAGAGUCAAGCGCUCGAAGCAAUGAAGGCUCUUAUCGCUUGGCAACCCAUUCCAGUGAUGCGUGCUCGCAUGCGUUUGCGAGUGACAUGUCCCGUAUCGCUGUUGAAACAAUCCGUCAAAGGCGCUGCGUCGGCGGGAGGCGCACCAAAGGAAGAAGGCAAGCCAUCCAAAGGCGGCAACAAAAAGGGUCAAAAAGGCAAAGGCAAGAAACAUCAAGACUCGGAAGACGAAGAUGAAGCCGAGGAUCAGGAAGCGGCCCCAAAGGCGCCUUCCAACGUGAAGGAAAAGAUCUUGAGCUUUAUCGAGUCGGUAGAGUCGCAAGAGAUUGUCGGCGAGGAAUGGGAAACCGUUGGCUUUGCCGAGCCUGGUGCUUUUAAAGGCUUGAGUGAGUUUGUGACUAGUGAGACGCGUGGGCGUGGAAGGGUGGAAGUUCUCGAUAUGGCUGUUACUCAUGAAGAUUAG